AUGGAGCAGCGCAGGAAGGAGGUCGUGACAUUUUCAUGGCCGACGGUGGCGAUGGGCAGUGGAGCUGGGCUUCGAACCAAAGCAAGUUCUCCGGCCCUCUGUCUCCUCUGCGACAUGGUUAAGGAAGGCACCACCGACGGCGCCUGGCACGGGCACGGCCGUGAUGAGGUGACCAUCACGGCCGUCUCGACGGUGGUGCCGGCGCUGCCGGUGCAUGAGCACCGACUGCCGCUGUCGAACCUGGACCUCCUCCUGCCGCCCAUGGACGUCGGCGUCGUCUUCUUCUACGCGGACCCAGGUGACCGCAACCACCACCCGGCCGCGGUCCUCAAGGUGGCGCUGGCAAAGACGCUGGUGGCGUACUACCCGCUGGCCGGGGAGGUGGUGGCCAACGCGGCGGGGGAGCCGGAGCUGCUGUGCAGCAGCCGUGGGGUGGACGUCGCGGAGGCGACCGCCGACGGCACCGCGCUGCGGGACCUCCGCCUGGGCCUGCCCGACAAGAGCAUCGAUCCGCUGGUGCCCAAGAAGAAGGCCGGCGUCAUGUCCGUGCAGGUGACCAAGUUCAAGUGCGGCGGCGCUGUCGUUGGGUGCACCUUCGACCACCGCAUCUGCGACGCCUACUCCUUCAACAUGUUCCUCGUCGCUUGGGCUGCAGCUGCCCGUGGCGGCUCAGCGCCUCCGGCCCCGUCCUUCCACCGCUCGUUCCUUGCGCCGCGUGAACCAGCACCACUCUCCACCGCCAGCAACCUCGUGGACCGGCUCUUCGUCCCCUUGAGCCGCGUGCCGGCCCUGCCAGACACAGCCGCCGUCAACCGCAUCUACCGCGUGUCCGCCGCCGACGUCGCUGCGCUUCAGGCCUCGGCAGGGUCCGGGCGCACGAAGCUGGAGGCGUUCACGGCGCACCUGUGGCAGCUCUACGCCAAGGCCGCAGCGGACACUUGGCGCCAGCCGCUGUCGUGCUGCAUGGGCGUGGUGGUGGACGGUCGCACUCGCCUCCGCGGCAAUGGCAACGAGGACGCGAUGGCCUGCGUGGUGUCGUCGGGGAUGGGGCUCCCCGUCGGUGAGGUGCAUUUUGGGUGGGGCCGGCCGGCGUUUGCGUCGUACCACUUCCCCUGGCCCGGCGGCGCAGGAUAUGUGAUGCCGAUGCCGAGCGCGCGCGGGGACGGCGACUGGGUGGUGUACGUGCACGCUGCGCCGGAGGUGGUGGAGGUGAUGGAGCCGGAGCCGACGACGGUGUUCAGAGCGCUGGAGGGCAGCGACAUUUUCGGGUGAAUUGUUAAGUGUCUGGUCGGCUGGGGCGCGGCCUAGAUGCGAGAGCAGCUGCUGGAACGUGAUGGUGCCAUCGUGACAUCGUCGUCCGUAUACGUCUGUUUGUAUGUACGUACGUGUCUGGUUCGUGGUAUAUUAUUGGGUUCAAUCCGUAUUACCGUGUAGUACGUGUGUGCUGUGUAACACGUACGCAGUACUAUCUUGUUGUUCGCUUAUCUUAUAAGCUGUAUUUUUUCUUUCAAUUAAUAUAUU